ACAGUAAGCGUAAUUCUUAUGAUCGUAGAAUAUUACACAUCCGAAAAAAAUUAAAAAUGAUGGAUGAUUUGGCACCAAUUUCAGCUCAAGAAAGAGCUAAACGUUCAGUUUUUGUUGGUAAUAUCCCAUAUGAAGCUACAGAAGAAGCUUUAAAGGAGAUCUUUAUACAAGCAGGACCUGUUGUAAGCUUCAGGUUGGUAUAUGACAGAGAAACUGGUAAACCAAAAGGUUAUGGUUUCUGUGAGUACCAGGAUGUUGAGACUGCUCAAAGUGCGUUACGUAAUCUCAACAAUACUGACUUUAAUGGACGACCUUUACGUGUCGGGGUCGCUGCUGGAGAGUCUAACAAAGAUGAAAUGGCUGGAAUGCAGCAAGCCCUUGGUGGACCAAUUCUUGAGAGUCCCUAUGGUGACCCAAUGGAACCAGAGAAAGCCCCAGAAGCUAUAUCUAAAGCUGUAGCCAGUCUACCUCCGGAACAAAUGUUUGAACUGAUGAAACAAAUGAAGCUGUGUAUACAAAACAACCCAACAGAGGCUCGGAACAUGUUGUUACAGAAUCCUCAGCUAGCGUAUGCCCUGUUACAGGCACAGAUUGUCAUGAAAAUUGUUGACCCUCAAGUUGCUAUGGCUAUGUUACAUAGAGAUAGUUCGCAGGUACCACCAACAGGAAGUGCCGCUCCAACACCAGCUACAUCACAAGCCCCAAUGCAGCAGGCACCUGUUAUUCCACCACAGUCGCAGCCAAAUAUGCCAGAUGUAUCUAUGAUGGGAGGUCCACGUGGGCUGGGUGGAUUGCUAGGUAAUAUUCCUGUAUCACAAGGUCCUGGUGGUCCUGCUGGAAUGAUGGGAGGCCCUCCAAGAGGUCCAGGAAUGAUGGGUGGUCCAGGACCCCAGGGUAUGGGAAAUAGACCACAACUCUUCCCUAUUCAAGGUGGAAUGGGUGGGCCAGGUCCCCAGAACAUGGGUGGCCCUGGACCCCAAGGAAUGGGAGGUCCAGGACCUCAAGGUAUGGGUGGUCCGGGUCCACAAGGUAUGGGAGGACCUGGGCAAGGACCACCACAGAGACCAGACUUCGGCAGAGAUCCGCGGGACCCAAGACUGAUAGGACAGGGGGAUACAAGAGGUAUGCCAGCUGGUCCAAGGCCAGGUAUGCCACCAUCAAGUAUGGCACCUUCAGCAAUGCAGAACCUCAUGCAAGGUGGUUUACCAAACAUGUCAGGUGUUAACCCUCAGAUGUUAGCAGGAGUUGGUGGUGGUGGUCCUGGUGUGAACUCACAAGACCAAGAAAAGGCUGCCUUGAUUAUGCAGGUGUUACAAUUAACAGAUCAACAGAUUGCCAUGUUACCUCCAGACCAGAGACAGAGUAUUCUUAUACUUAAAGAACAAAUCUCUAAAAAUGCUACAUAAUCAUGUUCUUUUAACCAUUACUUUCAUUAUAACAUGCUCAUGUUAUCUUUAGUAUCUUGUUAAAUCAUCUGUUCAUUGAAACAUGGGUCAUGUUUUCACAUUCAUAUUCAUAUUAAUGUAUUAUCACAGUGUGUAUAUGAGGUACAGAAUACAUGGUCAUAUAUACAUGUAUUUUCAUUGCUACUUGGAAAAAAAAUCUUUGAAAAUAAUAUAUGAUUUUGAACUUAACUUUUAGUUAAGGUGUCUGCAAUUAUUCUAAGUUAAUCUACAUUUAGUUUGGAACUUUUCAUUUAUAGUUAAAGUGGUAAUUGUUUUAAAAUACUGAAUUAAAUAGCCAGCAGUGUAAAGACUGACCAGACUGUCACUGAGGAUGAGCAGGUUGGCUACGCGCUACAUUAGACUGUUCAUAUUUUUUGUGUAGAUCAAUGUAGAGGUUCAAACAAUGCAGUUAUACCAACAAAAUUAGAGUUUAUCUUUAAUGAUGUAAAUAUGUACCACCAAAAUUAAGUGUAAUAAACAUAUUUUAGAAUUCAUUUCUUUUUAUAAAGUCAAAUGUUCCUGCAUUCUCAAAUAAUAUCAAAAGAUUUUAAAUUUGUAUUUGACAAAAAGUGUAAAUUAAGUCUUUAUAUUUCUUAGACGUAACACAUUAUUUUUCCUGCUUUAUAUUCUAAAGGAAAAUCACUUUUUUUGUUGUUAUCAGAUAACUUUUGAAGUAUAAAAGAAAGGAACCAGCGAAGUUCAUUUAUGAACUUUUGCUUAAACAUCUGGUGUUUCUUGUUAAUAAUCUAGGUGCAUCUCAAAGGCCAUUUUUUUACAUUUAGUUCCUUAAUUGAAUUCAGAAGAAAGAUAUGUAUACAUGUAUUUAUAUUAAUCCUAUGGAUUAACAGUCAGUGUUAUAAUUCUUAGGGAUUUUUUGGGUCAAAGACAAUAAAGACUAAAUAAUGUUCCAUUGGUUUGAAAUUUAUAGUAAAGUACCAGUGAUGAUGUUAUAUGAACAGAAGUGUUAGGUUAUCUCAUGUGCUACUGUAAUAAAGUUUUUGAAAUCGC